GGGAUGGAAUAAACGACGGACCUACGCGCCAGUGUGGUGGACUGCUAAGGGAUGACGCCUAAACUAUGGGACAUGUGACAGCUCUACUUCAGUUUACUUAAAGGUACUGCUAUGUGGAUACUGGUUAGCAAUGACUGAUGUGGAAUCUACAUAUGCAGAUUUCAUUGCUUCUGGGAGAACCGGGAGAAGAAAUGCCCUUCACGAUAUCCUUGUGUCCUCUGCAAGUGGAAAUUCUAGUGAACUAUCCUUGAAGUUAUCAGAACUUGAUAUAAACAAAACUGAAGGGGAAGGAGAUGCACAGAGAAAUCCCACUGAGCAAACUGGGGAAGCCCAGGGGGAAGCAGCAAAGCAAGAAAGUUGAGAUCCUACUUUGACCGACAGCCGCAACUGUGGGAUGUUUUCAAAUCGCAAAAGCCUAUUGGGAGAAAGGUAUUUUGUGAGCAAGCUGAUUGAACAAAAAAUGAAAAUGGAUGCGCCUCGUUACUGGGAGCUGAACGGUCCAAUGCUGAAAGGGGCAAAGCAGGCUGUAGCAGCAGACAGAACUUUCUCUACCUCUGUUAGCAAUGGUUGAGACUUGGUUGCUCAUCUCGAGACUCUCUCAACAUGGAUCUCACCACAAAUGACCACUUGAUGAAAUGCUCGUAGGAAGUAGAGCAAACUACAUCGUGUAGCAAACGGCCCUCAACUCACCAGAGGCUUGAAUUGCAUUGUAUGACAAUGGCUCCAGUGAUCUUCAGAGGUUGUCUGACCUUCAGAGGGUGUUCACCUAUUAAAAUCACCUGUCAAGGAAGCACCGUUGGUUUGUUUUUUUAAGAACUCUGCUUGUUUUCAGCUCUAUUACUUACAAUGUUUUAUAUUGUACAGUUUAGAUGCGCCACACUGCCCCUUCUCAAAAUGCUUAUGAAGGCAACUUCUGUGACUGUGAUUUUUUUCUACCACUUGUUUUAAAAGGGCUAGGGUUUUAUUUUCGCAUAGUGUGGUGGGUGUGCACAUGAUAAGAUUAUCAAAUCAGCUGCUAAUCUGAUGAAACUGCAUUCUUUCAUUUAUAAGAACAUACAGUGUAAUUAACGUAUAGUUUGGUGUGUCUUGCUGUUUUCUCAGUACAGUUCGGUCACUUUGCUUGUAGAUGGUUGGAAAUCCAAGAUUCAGACAGAAUCUUUUAUUUAAUCUCAUCCCUUAGGGAACUGGCCUUUUCCACUAAAAAGCCAAAAAAAACACACACAAAAACACAUGAUGUUAGUGCUGAGGUUUUAAGAGCAAACUUAUCAGUACAACUUUUUUUUAAAAGGAGAAAUAAUAUGUUGGGAGCUGAUGAAACAGAAGCCCCAGAAAGUUGCUGAAUACUUGUGUCCUGAAAUGAAGCAUAAAUUUAUUGUAGUGUUUAGAACUGGGGUCACCUUGUCUCUCAGCAGCUGAGAUUGGAGUUAAACAUGAAUAUUCCUGUGGCAAUCAAGUGGAGCAGCAAUCACAAGUCCCCCUUCCCAUCCCAAUUUGUUUUCUUUAUUUUUAUUUUUAAGUGUUGUCCUGUUUUCUUCUUGUUUUCAGAUGUUAUGCACUUUUUAAAAUGUUUAUAAACUUUACUAAAGGACUAGUGUAAUUUUGCUUUCUAGUAAAUUUGAACGUUGGUUAAUGAAACAACCUUUACUGUUGUGGCCACGGCUGUUUCUACAAUAUAUACAUAUUGUGGUUAGUUGUCACUUAGAGGUUUUUUGUGUGUGAGAUGUGUAAACUCUCUAAUCAGUAUUGAGUUCAGUAAUUAGUGUUGAAUAAAUAACAAACCCAGCAGUA